UAACCUGGUAUGUGCCAGAACGAAAUUCACGUUGAUCGUCAUCAUCACCACCAUCAUCAUCAUCAUCAUAAUCACCGACACGAGCGCCUUCGUCUUUUUUGCUGAGUGAAAUGUAUCUGCACCGUACGGAAUCUGGAUUCUGACAAUGGAGAUUGAAAACAUCGUGGCCAACACUGUGCUAUUGAAGGCAAGAGAAGGUGGAGGGGGGAAAAGGAACGGACGGAGUAAAAAAUGGAAGGAGAUGCUGAAAUUGCCCCAUAUCAGUCUGUGUGAGGAACUUCGGCGCACAAUCGAAAGGGAUUACACUAGUCUCUGUGAGAAGCAGCCUAUUGGUCGAUUGCUGUUCCGUCAGUUCUGUGACACGAGGCCUGAGCUGAAACGCUGCAUUGACUUCUUAGACGCUGUGGCUGUGUAUCAGCUGGCACCAGACGAGAAGAGAAGAGACUGUGGCUUGAAUGUUUUAGACACAUACUUCAAUAACGGGUCAGCCAGAAAUCUGCCAGAAAUACCUCAGGACGUGGUGGUGGAGUGUAGACAGAGGCUGGAGGAAAGCCCCUGUAAGGAGCUGUUCCAGGAGUGCACUAGAAUUGUCCGCGAGUAUCUUAGUGGGGCUCCGUUCUCCGCCUAUCAGGAGAGCAUGUAUUUCUCUCGCUUCCUCCAGUGGAAAUGGUUGGAGAGGCAACCGGUAACCAAAAAUACCUUCAGACAUUACAGAGUGUUAGGGAAAGGUGGAUUUGGCGAGGUCUGUGCCUGCCAAGUGCGGGCGACUGGUAAGAUGUAUGCCUGUAAAAAGCUGGAAAAGAAGCGAGUGAAGAAGAGAAAAGGUGAAGCCAUGGCAUUAAACGAAAAACGCAUUUUAGAAAAAGUUAACAGUAGUUUUGUAGUUAGUUUAGCGUAUGCCUAUGAGACUAAGGAUGCGUUGUGUUUAGUCUUAACCAUAAUGAAUGGGGGGGAUCUGAAGUUCCACAUCUAUAACAUGGGAAACUCAGGCUUCGACGAGCAGAGAGCCAUCUUCUACGCCGCCGAGAUCUGCUGUGGCCUGGAGGACCUGCACAGGGAGAGGAUAGUCUACAGGGACCUAAAACCUGAAAAUAUUCUUCUGGAUGAUCGUGGGCACAUCCGGAUAUCUGACCUGGGAUUGGCUGUGCAGAUUCCGGAAGGCGAGACGAUACGAGGGAGGGUGGGCACUGUGGGAUACAUGGCCCCCGAGGUCAUUCAGAACGAGAGCUACACCUUCAGCCCCGACUGGUGGGGUCUGGGAUGUCUGAUCUUCGAGAUGAUCCAGGGCCAGUCGCCGUUCCGUCGACGUAAAGAACGCGUGAAGCGGGAGGAGGUGGACAGGCGCGUUCGCGAGGAUCAGGAAGAAUAUUCCGACAAGUUCUCCGAAGACGCCAAGGACAUCUGCCGACAGUUACUGGCGAAAGAUCCCAGACAGCGUCUUGGUUGUCAGGGUCAAGGGGCGACGGAGGUGAAGCAACAUCCAAUCUUCCGCAACAUCAACUUCAAACGGCUGGAGGCCAACAUGCUGGACCCGCCUUUCUGCCCUGACCCGAGAGCGGUCUACUGCAAAGACGUUUUAGACAUUGAGCAGUUCUCCACUGUCAAAGGCGUGAACCUGGACCCAACAGACGAUGACUUUUACCACAAGUUUGUCACGGGAAGUGUCUCCAUCCCAUGGCAGAAUGAGAUGAUUGAGAUGGAGUGCUUUAAGGAGAUAAACGUCUACGAGACAGAUGGUGCUCUUUCCCCUGACUUAGAUGUAAAUAGACCCAACCCCCCACCAAAGAGAGGUUUCUUCUACCGAUUGUUCAGACGAGAGGCAAGUGCUAACUCCUCAGCUGCUGCCGUCAGAGGGGGUGGGGGUUAA